UGCACCAAAUAAUAUUUUUCCCAACCACCCUGCGGCUAACAGAGAGUGACUGGAUCAGGAGAAUUUGAACCCAGGUGUUGCGUCAGGCCGGCAUUUGAGAACCUCGCGUGGCCUGCCAGGUUGGCCUCGGCCGCUUGUAGCCUUUUCAAGGGCAGGCUGGUCAGCCGGCGAAAGCGAUUCUCACCCCCCGCCCCCCGAAGUGAAAAGUUUCUCCUCCUGCUGAAGGCCUCUCCCAGGACGGCUGCGUCUCUUGCCGCUCAGUUGGCAACCUGACGGGCAAAAUCCGGCUGCGCCCCCCGCCCCAGUAGGACCCCUGGCCCCUCAGCCCUUCCUGCUCUCCUCCCGCCAGGUCAGGUGUAGCAGAAGCGGCAGGCCAGGGCCAGGCCUCUUCCAGCCCCGCCGAGCUUCCUGCUUUCCACAAGGUGCCGAAGAAGCGGCUUCUCUGCGACAGGAACUGAGGGAAGCUUGAGGAGCGGCGGCGGCGGCGGCGGCGGGCGGGAGGCGGUGCUGCUGCUCUUGCGGCCGCCGCCGUCACACCGGGCCGAGGAAGGCAACAGCCAGCCAUGGCCCCCCUCGUCCCAAGCGCCCGUGACGGCCCGCACGGGCUGUGAGGGAGGAAGAGCGUGGAGCCUCAGCCGCCCUCCGCCUCAGCCGCCGCCUCUUCCUGAGGCCCCCCGCCCCGAGAUGCGACCAUGGACUGCAGGAUCUUGGAAAAUCCAGCAAGGACCUUUGAUUUGGUGCUACAGGUGAAAUGCCAGGCUCCCGAAAAUGAAGAUCCUGUGGUUUUGUGGAAGUUCCCAGAGGACUUUGGAGACCAGGAAGUACUCCAGAGUAUACCUAAAUUCUGCUUUCCAUUUGACAUUGCAAGGGUGACCCAAGUUGGGCAGCAUUUCACCUUUGUACUUACUGACAUUGAAAGUAAACAGAGGUUUGGAUUUUGCCGGUUAACAUCAGGAGGCAAAGUGUGUCUGUGCAUUCUAAGCUACUUGCCGUGGUUUGAGGUUUAUUACAAACUGUUAAAUACACUGGCAGAUUAUUUAGCAAAAGAACAGGAUGAAGACUUGAAUGACUUGUUAGAAACCUGGUAUAGUCAUCCUGUGCCAAAGGCAAACACUCCUAUCAGUUUAAGUUUGAACAAAGAGAUGUUUUUUGUAAGCGAGCAAGUUCUCAAAGACCAACCAUGUUUAACAGCGCACUCGUAUUUCAUUACUCCUGAUGUGGCUGGCUUGCCAACUGUCCCUGAAAGUAGAAAUCUUACUGAAUAUUUUGUUGCUGUGGAUGUGAACAACAUGCUGCAACUUUAUGCGAGCAUGUUGCAUGAGAGACGCAUCAUUAUUACCUCCAGCAAACUAAGCACUUUAACUGCUUGCAUUCAUGGGUCGGCUGCACUGCUCUAUCCAAUGUACUGGCAACACAUAUACAUCCCAGUGCUCCCUCCACACUUGCUGGACUACUGCUGUGCACCAAUGCCGUAUUUGAUUGGGGUUCACUUCAGUUUAAUAGAGAGAGUGAAAAGUAAAUCACUGGAAGAUGUGGUGAUGCUAAAUGUUGACACAAACACAUUGGAAACGCCAUUUAGUGACCUGAGCAACCUACCAAGUGAAGUGGUCUCGGCCUUGAAAAAUAAACUGAAGAAGCAAUCCACAGCUACGGGUGACGGAGUGGCCAGGGCCUUCCUUAGGGCGCAGGCAGCAUUGUUUGGAUCCUACCGCGAUGCACUAAGAUACAAGCCUGGACAGCCUGUCAGCUUCUGUGAAGAAAGCUUUGUCAAGCAUCGUUCCAGUGCUACAAAACAGUUUCUGGAAACAGCAGUGAAUCUUCAGCUUUUUAAACAGUUUAUUGAAGGUCGGCUUGCAAAGCUGAAUGCAGGGAAAGGAUUCUCCGAUGUGUUUGAAGAAGAGAUCUCUUCGGGUGGCUUCAGUGGAGGAAACUCAAAAUCAUAUCACCAGUGGAUGUAUACAGUUAAGAAAGGAGGCACUCUGAUCAACACAGCAAUGACUAAAGCCAGCCCAGCUAUGAAAACAGCGUACCGAUAUGCAAAAAAUCAUGCAAAACAAGGAAUAAAGGAGGUGAGGAGUAAGUUGAAACACAAGGAAACAGAAGAUGAGACUGGAACGUGUAGCUCAGGUUUGGUGCAAUACCGUCAAAUCUACAGAAUGCAUAAUUCAAAAAGGCUUAGUACAGAAAAACAAAGACUUGCCCAGACACGGUUUGGCUAUCUUCAUACAAUUCAUCAUGAUGCUGCCUUGGAUGAGGAUGCCGAUGAUGAAAUGGACGGAACAAGCAAGUUGUCAUCUGAAGACAGCGAGGAAACAUCUUAUUAUUUGGAUGACAGUGAUGACUCAGGAGAAAUGUCCAAAACAUCUGGUACCCCGGGAGAAAUGGACUUGCUGGGAGAGAUUUUGGACACUUUAAGCACACACAGUUCUGAUCAAGGAAAGCUUUCAGGAGCCAAGAGCCUCGACUUCUUUCGAUCUAUGGAUGAUAUUGAUUACAAGACAGUGAAUAAAUCCAACACUCCGAGUGAGAGCAAUCUUGCUCUGCUUUGCAGUGGUCUGACUUCUGAUCAAGGAGAGUGGAAUCUUGGGCAAGAUGACAGUGUCCUCAGUGGGAAGCAGCUUCCUCCAUCACCAAGGAAACGCGUUCCUUCUAGCUUUGGCCACACCGAAUCUUCCUUCGUGCUGGAAAAAGAAAGUCCUUCCUCUGCCUUUUGUUCUGACAAUGUAGACUUAAAAUCUCCAAACCAAUCUCAAGAAACUAUGCAUCCAUGUUCUCCAGGAGAUUUACUUGUAAAAAAGACUGAAUGGGGCAAAACACUAAACUGUACAUCAGUGGAUCCAGGGUCACCAAACUUGAGCCACAGUCCUUCCACUCUAGUCCCUUGGGAGAAGGAACCCAAAAAAGGAAGUGAAAUCCUAGAGGAGGGUGGGCUGCUUCAGGAAGUGGUGUCCUUGUGUAAAAUGACUUCUGUUUUCAACCAUGGUUUAAACAUUUCAAGUGACCGGAUUCCUGGUAGCAGUGGAAAUAAGGCAUAACAUUUUUUGGAGGAGUUGCAUUCCCAACAAAGACUACUCAGGACUCCAUCUCUCCUUUGUGAAAAGAUCACAAAGAAAACAGACUUUUCUGUUUGACUAACCUUAGUUGUGGUUUGCUUCACCAGUACAUCUUCCCGUGUUUUGUUUUGAAUAUAAUCUCCUCUUAAAUUUGUGGCAUUUUAAGUUCAUAGUAUGGGUCUGGAUCAACAAAUUCAUUCUUGAAUCAAGGUACUAAUGUGACUCCCAUGUUUAAGCUACAGCUGGUAUGUAGCACUUGGUUCACUGUCAUGUCCCCCCUGCAUCCUGUGCAUAAGGAAACAAAUCUUUCCAGGUCGUCAGUGGCUUGUAUCCUGCUGAGAAUGAAAUGAAGAAUUACAGCCUAGACCAUGAUCUAAUUGCCUUAAAACUGCAAGGAAGGGCUUAAAUAUCCUAAAGGAUAAAUGGCAGAUAUUCAGAAAAAAAGUAACUAUGAAGUGCUUGGGAAAUAGGAAAUGUGAAUCUGUUCCAAACUACAGGAAUUCCUGUGACCAAAGUUGGGUCAUGUAUAUGAUUAUGUUUCACAUAGUGACUGCACAUUUCCACAUAUGAGAGCCUGAUCCAAUGGGACGUUCCACUGCACAUUGUCUUCCAAGGUGAUAAUUGUUUUAACAUACUGAAGCUAUACCCAUCACAGAGAGGAAAGAUCUCUCAUGAUGAGUUCAUCACCACAUGGAUGAGUGUUUAAUGGUUUGCUUGAAUCUUUCCUAAUCUACUACACAGGCAGCGUAUCCCAGUCUUCCAGAUCCUCAGUAAAUGGUACUGCAUAUUUUUAUCUUACUAGAGUAGUAAAAUGCAGUGUAAAGUUUACAGAACUGCCCACAUUUCUUUUUUCACAAAGGAAAAGGGCUGUUUAAUUGAAAUUGGCUUUUCUGACUUCAAUAUUUCUAUAUUAAAACAGAUCUACUCCAUGCUUGUUGGUGCCCACUUAACUUUUGCAAGUACCUUUUAAAAGUAGUGUGUAAGUAGUUGAUGUUGCAAUCCUGGACAGUUACUCCAGCCUACGGCUUGAAUCCACUGGAGCAUUUUCAAGGACAGAAGGAUUUCUGCUUGCAGAACCCAACUUCUUGCACCCAGUUGUUCCAUGCCUCAGCUCACUGAUUUCAGACCAGAGUAGUAUGCAUAGGAUUGCCCUGUAAAUCUUUAUGGGUGCUCUUCUGGACCUAAUUGUAAAGCUAUUUUAUUUUUUUAAAAUAACUUCUGAUAUCAGUAGCUAAAAAAAUAGAAAUACAUUAGUUUUGCAGGUGUAACAGUGCAAUCCUAUGUUGAGUUACGCUAGUGCAAGUCCAGGGAUUUCAGUGGGCUUAGAUAGGAGUAACCUGCAUAGGGUAGCACUGUGAGUCAGAAAACAUAUUUCCAGUUACAAGUCAGGGAAUUAAAGAGCCCCACACAUAGCCUAUAAAGAAUAUCCUAUGCAGCUUCCUGGUCUCUCCUGCCAGCAGUGACUCAGGACUGGUCUCUAGCCUAUUACUGAAUGCACCAUGAUACUUGUAAAUGUGUCUAUCUGCCACAUGCUAUCUAUGCUAAAUUGUCCCUGCUUUCCUCCCCCCAGCCAUAUCUAGGUUUGCCCUGCCAUAUUGUGGAGGUUGCUGGCCUACAAAUGAUCUAAAUCAGAGGCACCCAACCUUUUUGAGUAUGAGGACCUCUUUUUAACAUCAAAAAAAAAUCACAUAUCCCUUGCACAUGUAUCCAUUACUUGAGAAAAUACAUAAUGGCAGAAAGAUCAAAAUAGCAGUGCUCAGCAUACAUAUGAAUUUGCAGACCCCUUGCAGUACUUCCCCAGGGUUCUCUAGCACCCAGGUUGGGAAUCUCUGUUCUAGACUACUUGCUGAAAGAAAGUCAUGUUCUCAUGUCUCUAUAUACAAGUGUAGAUUAGAAACAUGAUCGAGAACCCCAUGUAUGUGUUACCUCUGUGUCCAGAUGGAGUCAUUCUAUUGGAAGCAUAGAAAUUAUCUUCUAAUAAGUGAGAAUGGGAAUAACAUCCAAGUGGGAUGUGGGUGGAGAGGAAGAAACAAGAUGUCUGGCAAAAUGCAUACAUUUUGGAUGACUCACAUUGGCAGGGAAAGUGUUAGGGUGUGUUAUGUAAUCCUUGCUGAGUUUACAGUAAUGUGACUUCCUCAUCGUCAGCCUUUUUGAAGUAAAGCUUCAUUUUAUGUCCAUUUGAGUUGAAAUGCAGGUAAAUUAAGACUGUAGAACUCACAUGUUCUUAAUCACGGUUACCAGAAAUUAUUUUAGAAGGCUAAUCAUUGUGCCUUAUAUUUUUAUUUAGUUGCUUAAUAUCUUUCUUUCUAACAAAAAAAGGACAUAACACUUGCCAAAAUGGUCAAAGUAGCUAUUUAUGAAGCCUUUUGCUGGCAGGUACUCUGUCCCAAACCUGUUCCCCGAAAUCUACAUAAUGCUACAUGUGUAGCAUUUUGAUCAUUUCUAUAGGAAACAAAUUGUUCUUGUUGAGUAUCUUUUUAAAAAACCCACGUGAUAGUCUUAGGGCCUUCUAAAAUCACCACUGUUAGUAUGAUGAUGUUAGACUUCAGGUAAACUCUAAAAUUUCUCAGGAGUCCUAGUAGGUAUAACUGCUAGGAGCUGCAGAUUCCUUUCUUUCUCCUCCAAGGAAAAUAUGGGAUUUUUGCAUUUAAAUUUAGCCUACUAUUUAGACUAUUCAAUUUAGAACCAUAAAACUUCUAGUCUAAUCACAUUAGACCUUCAACUAAGAUUUUCUAGUUCACCAUUAGUCCGUUAAAAUUAUGACAGUUUUAAAUAUUGGACACCAGUCAUAGUUGUCCUCAGAUGUAUGGUGGAGGAGACUCUUGUAAUUCCGUGUCACAAAAUCCCCAUAUGGAGAGGUUCUUAAGUUAUCCGGAAGUUUAUGUUACGGGACUUGAAAUUAGUCCAUCCACCAAAGCUGCCUUUGACAACCUUUAAGGGCAGAGGAAACUGUUUGGCAGAGGCAACAGCUUUAGUUAGGGCUGCCAAUGGAACUGAUGGGUAAUGUGCUGAUCUGUCAUUCCUGUUCCAUCACCCCCUAAUAAGGCCCAAGUGCCAUGAAAGGUGAUCUUGUUUGUUUACCUAUCCAUCUAUGCAUAGAAAGUGACAUAGAGUAAUAUGAUUGUCAAACUGGGAACCAGUUUGGUGUACUGAUUAAGAGCAUGGGACUCUACUCUGGAGAACCAGGUUUCAUUCCUCGCUCCUCCACCUGAAGCCAGCUGGGUGACCUUGGGUCAGUCACAGCUUCUAGGAGCUCUCUCAGCCCCACCCACCUCACAGGGUGUUUUGUUGUGGGGAUAAUAAUAACAUACUUUGUAAACCUCUCUGAGUGGGCAUUAAGUUGUCCUGAAGGGUGGUAUAUAAAUUGAAUAUUAUUAUUAUUAAAAAGUUAUGCAAAGAAAUAGAACUUCUGGAUCAAGGCAUGCUUUUAAGUGAAUAGUGUACCUUUAGGAAUAGUGAAACAAGCAUAGGUUUACUGAAGCUUUGAUUGUUCCCUGGCAUUUCAAAUAGUGAUAUUGUUGUGUGGGGUUUUUUUUAUUGCUAAGAGUUAGGAUAUUGAAAGCUGUCAGUACUGGCUAGCUGUGCUCCUAAAUAUGUCAGCAAGAGUUUUCCAAUUGAUUGAAUGCAAAGCCUGUGCUCAUAAGGACCUUUGGAAAUGUUAAUAUUCAUAGGUGGAAUAGAUAAACAACUCAACCCACUGAAAGGUUCUCCUGUGCAGAACUCCCAUUUAAAUGACUUUGCUUUAAUGGGAUUUUUACAAUUUAUGGUAGAUUGUACCAAUCUUAUGUUGGGUAGAUUAAAGGCAGAAUAAGUAUAACUUGUGUCCUUAUCUUGGUUAUACAGACUGGUUAAAUGUUAAAGUAGGGUUUUAAAUAGCUCGUAUUGUGCAGAAGGGGAAAAACUGGUAGCUAGUUAGUUGCCAAGUUAAAGCCAUUUGGAAAAUGUAAGACUAAAGGUGAUAUUGAGCUUUCUUCACCACUGUUAGUCUAACAUAGACAUGGAAGAAUAACAGGGACAAUACCUUUCUCCUUAAUACAGGCCAGUGUAUGGUUCAUCUUUUAUUCCUGGUAUCUGGCUUUUUUCUUUGACUAAAGUUCUUUGUAAUGUUCUCCUGUUUGGGAAACUGCUUGAUCAUAGAGUAAUUGAAAUUAAAUAAAUGCCAAUCUAGUUCUACACAAGUAUCAGGCAUAACGUUAUAUGAACUUUAAACCAUUAACUGUCAUUUAAAUUCUAGCAUCAGUAUUAAUAUGGAAACUACCAAGUCCAAAAUGCUUUGUAAGAUGCCCCUCUUUCCUUAUCUCAGAUAACCAUAAUAAGGGAGCUACUAUGAUGUGAGGGAAAUUGUUGGCUUUUGACAAAAUAUAUUGGAUUUUGUGCAAUAUUUUUAAUUUUUUUAAGUGAUUUAUUUUUACAAAUAUAUGCAUCUGCUUUCCAAGCAGGUCUUUGAAAUUGAUUUUGUAGCAUUUAAUUACAAUUGUCUGAUGAAUAAAAUAACUCUAUUUUGUCAGUCAACAAACGGUAUUACUAUUGACUGCAAAUGGCUAGGGAUGACACGUUAUUGUGUUAUAAUCAGAAACACAGGCUUUGCCAGUUACUCAAUAGACAGCAAUGAUUCACACCUGAUAAUAUCUCUGUAUGACACUGUACAAAUACCUGGGGGACAGAAUUCAUCAGGAGUCACCAAGAUUUUUUGAUGCUCACUUUCUUUCUUCUUUAUGCCAUCAAGCCAUCUCUGGACCAUACGACCAACAGUAGAUGCAGGGACAGUUCUACGAUUAUCACCCAAAGGACUAUUUGGUUUAGCACAGUGAGAAGGGGGCUGGUGCUCCAUAGGGGCUCACCUUGCUCCCAGCCAUCAGUAGCAAGAGAGGUGACAGGCAUCCCAAUCCAGCUUGGCAGAGGCCCAGUCCCAGGAGGAAAUGGGUGUGCCUUGCUUACAGUGACAAAGUACCAGUUUAUGAUAGGUAUUUAUGUUUUCAUAAUCCACCAUGUAGCAUCCCUAAUGGUUACCAUGAUUGGUCAUAUCAGUAGAUGAUGCCAGUACCUUUUGAAUUGAUGUAUUGUCGAAGGCUUUCACGGCCAGAGAACAAUGGUUGUUGUGGAUUUUCUGGGCUGUAUAGCCGUGGUCUUGCCAAGACCACGGCUAUACAGCCUGGAAAAUCCACAACAACCACCUUUUGAAUUGUUUGUAAAUUACGUUAAUUUUUAUAUUCAUAUAUUGAUGUACAUUUUCUUCUCAUGGCCAAACAUUCAUCAAGAGCUACUUUAAGUAAUGUACUUGAAUGAUUCACCUUAAAGCACCGUGCAGUUAGUGAGCUCUGGAUGCAACUUGCUUGCCAAUAUUGCGGUGAGUUUACUGUUCAUACACAACCUACCUGUGAUGUGGUGCAGUGAAAAAAACUAUUUUUGAAGUUUUUUUUUUUAAUAAGGGGAAAAGUCAGCUUUGAACAGAAGAAGCCAGUAUCUAGCCUUACCUUCAAAUAAUUUUGCAAUCUCUUUUUUGAAGACGUCCUUUAUAGAACUUUCAUAUUGACAUUAUAGGAAUAGUCGAUAAAGUCCAGGAUUGUUUGUAUUGGAGUACCUUUUUUUAUCCCUUCUUACAUUGCAGACCUAUUUAAAUGAAUCAAAACUCUGUUAUACAUAAAGCCAGCCACUAAUAUAAAAACAAGAGACUAAAACUGCCACCUAUUGUAGGGUUUUGCUUGUACUGUUUUCACACCUGACGUUAUGAGGUUAACUCUGGAGCACUGGUCUUCAACUGGUGUGUUAAUACCUACAAGGGGAUCAUACCUGACCUCAGGCAUUUUGCAUCAGUGAUGCCAUUAUCAUUACAAAAAACAGUUUUGUUAGAAAAAGAGACAAUGGAAAGGAGCACACCAGGGAUAGAGAUUAUAUGCAGGAGGAAAAGAUCCUUUACUGUUAAUAGUCAUGAAGGAGAUUCAGGAGAUGAAGCUUCUCAAGUCUGCGGCAAGAUUUUCUAUUUGAUGUAACCAUUAAUGUGUACAAGUUUUGUCCUCCUAGCUCUUAAAAAGAAGAAAAAAAUGGGAAGAGCUAGUAUAGCAUUGUGAUUAAGAGACUGAGAUAUGAACCUGAUGUCCCUGGUUAGAACCUCACCUCAGCCACAGCUCAUCAGGUGGCCUUAGGCAAGCCACAUUCUUUUGGCCACUGGAGUAUGGCAGUGAUGACGACAACACUGGCCUACUUUACAGGACUAUUGUGUGGAUUACAACAAGAUGAUUACAACAAAGGUACAUGAAGCCCUUUGAACACCAAAAGUGCUGUAUUGCAUAUAUGGAAACAAAACAGGUCCCACGUUGCAAGAUGGGACUUAUGGGUGGAUCCUGGCUCCAGAAGUGUUGAAGACUACUGCUUUAGAGUUUAAAGAUAAGAACUUGAACUCCUGUCAGUAGCACCUCUGAAUGCACUUUAACUGUUUUUGUUAAUGUCAAUACUAAGUAUUUGGGAAUUCCACAUUGCCGUAAAGUGCCCCACUGUGUAAUAUAAAAUAAAAAGUUACCAAAC